CUAAGCAAAACAAAUAUGUCGUCAGGUGGUAACAUCUACGCCAUCAGCACGGAACGGUUCCGUGCGAAGGUGGUAAACGUUCCGCUCACAUUGGGCGGCACUAGUACGGGAGGAGGUGGAAGCGGUAGUAGUAGUAGCAGUCUUAUGUCUGGGAGUGAUGCAGCAGUCACCAGUUCGCCCAUUACCGCUGGUCCGACGGAUUCGCUAGCGAUCGAUGAUCGGAUCGACAUCGAGCCCGGUAUGACACUGCAGAUCGUCGAGCAACCGUCGAGCAAGAUCGCACUGAUCAAGAUAAAAGAUUUUUACGGCACCUCAACGAACAACCGCGGCGGUGGUGGUGGUGGCAGCGGACCAUCGGGCACAGUGACCAGUGCGCCGACGACGAACCCGUACGAAAAUCGAAUAUUUCAAUGCCAAGCAGCAAACCUGCAGCGCAUCCCAUCGGACAUUUGGCCGUACAUUAUAGCGAUACUGGAUCCGCAGGAACGGUGUGAAUUUGCGAAACGGCCCAAAUUGUUUGGUUCGGUGAAACUGCUCCGUACAGGCGACAUUGUGAUGGUUUCGUGGCUGGCCAAAAAUCGGCACGUAACAUACGAUUGCAUUAUACGUUACGUGGGACCGGUACCGAAAAUCGGACCCGGUUACUACUUUGGACUGGAGCUACUGAACUUAGAAAAUGGUGAAUCACCCCAGAAAGAUGACAUCGAUUUUGUGUCCGACUAUAUGAACUGUGAGCCCCGAUUAGCGUUAAUUGUAGCAGCGAAUUGGAUCAAAUUUCCCGAGCACGAAACUACCGGCAAGCAGCACCACCACAAACGCAACCUGCUAGAUAGUUUAGUGUGCGGUGCAAGGGAUCUUAAUAAUCGGCUAUCUCGACGAACCGGCGGAAGCAAACAUUCAUCGGACGACACGUCCAGUAAAAGCGGAGCUGCGCUGCGCGGCGGAAAGAUCAUCAACGGUGAAUAUCCACCGUACGCACGAUCCUACACGCCCGAUCUGACGAGCAGCAGCAGCGGUAGCUCGAACCGCAAGUCAACCGACAUCGGGACGCUGUACGAUAGUUUCAGCUGUCUGCAGAUGGACCCGGCCGGUACGAAGGCAAUGCACCACAAGAAAAUUGCGGCCUCUAUUUCUAGCCCGAAUCUGUCGAAGCAAGAUAGUAGCAGUAGUACGGGAAGUUCCGGUCGGUACGUAAACAGCCACCCGAUGGAUAGUUACGGCGAUGAGUAUCAUCGGUUUGUUGAGCACAGUCAGCAUCAGCAUCACCAUCAUCAUCAUCUCGCUGAUGAAGCUUACCGUAGCUCGGGACGAAGCUCACAGAACAGUUCCAACAAUAGUACGCUGAAGCAUUCCAAGCCACGAUCCUCGGGCAAGGUGGCCCGAUCGUCCGGAUCAAACUCGUCCGUAAACAGUGCUGGAGGUGGUGGUGGUGGUGGUGGAGGCUAUCAUUCAGUUGGCAAGCAAAGUACCAUCCUUAGCCUACCCGAUCGCGAUGUGGUGGUGAUCGAUUCGAACGAGAUCGAUGAAGCGAUCAAGAGUGCGAGUGAUGUGAUCGUGGUCGAUCCACCACCGGUGCUGAGCCCAACCGACAAUCGGGAGGUGGAGUUGAUGGAUCUGCUGGGAAGUGGUAGCUGGCCUGCGGAAGCUGGCGAAGUGGCUGCAAUACUGUCCGGGAACAGUAGUGAUAAGAAAACGCAAACACCAACUUUGGCGUCUACGGGAUAUGGGAACGGGUUGUCAGCAGGGACAACAGGAUACAACACUAGCGGUAGCACUAGCAGCAAUAGUACGGCUAAUAGUAGCAAUCACAGCUAUCACAGCCAUAAUGGGACGGCUGGACGGUACGAGCGGAACAAGUCCCUUAAUCCUCUUGCACACAUCGGAAACCCGAAACCGGUGGAAACGCUUUCGUCUGGUUCGCGGAAGGUUAGGACGGGCGGUGAUACUAAACCAGCUACGGUGGAUGCAGCUACAAUGACGAAACUAAACGAUGGAACAGUUCCAUCCCAUCAUGGCGGUUACACCACAUCGAACGGCUUUGGACCGGCGACAGCAGCAGGAUCGAAUGGCAACGACAGUACACCGAACGCUUCGAACGGUUUGCUACCUCGUAUCGGUUCCAUAUCGCCAGAAUCGGACACCGGAGGACCACCACCGCCCGCAUCGCCGCUACAGGAACUACCGAACGAUCCAUCACUCGGUGUUGGUUCCAUGGUGGAGGUAACUCUCGAUGCGUUUGAAGCACCCGGUUCAACGCCAGGCACGACGGAUCCACUACUCUACGGUGUUAUACGCUGGAUUGGACCACUGCCAACGGUGGGCGGUGGAAGCAACCAUCGAAAGGUGAUGGUUGGCGUAGAGCUGGAAGAUGAACCGAUCGAUCCGACGCUCGAAACCACCAACGGUACCCACAACGGUGUAAGGUUAUUCAGAUGUCCUGCAAAUCGUGCAAUAUUUGUACAUACGAGCCAGUGUAGCCGAGACAGGCGGUUCCAGGACAUACCGCCAAUGUCACCGUGCACCUCGCGAACAACUCAGGCUUCUUCGACGGGCAGCAAGACCGACACCACCAUGUUCGGGAAGGUUGAUUGUCCGGUAGUGAAGGGAAGAAUGCCUCCAUUAAAAAUUCUAAAACUGGAAGAACUGGAAGAAAUUUGUGGCAAGUUUAAGGGUAUUCAGGGUCAUCACAAUUCUUGCUACCUGGAUGCAACCCUCUUUGCUAUGUUUACCUUUACCAGUGUAUUCGAUUCGUUGCUGUUCCGGCCUAAAGAACCAGAGGACAAUCCCCAGUAUGAGGAGGUGCAAAGAGUUCUGCUAGAAGAGAUUGUUAACCCGUUGCGAAAAAAUCACUUUGUUCGUGCAGAUCGAGUACUUAAGCUGCGCCAGCUACUCGAUCGGUUAAGCUCGGUUACGGGGCUCAUGAGCGAGGAGAAGGAUCCGGAAGAGUUUCUCAACAGUUUGCUGGCACAGAUACUUCGUGCUGAUCCGUUUUUGAAGCUAAGUUCCGGACUGGACACAUUCUACUACCAGCUGUUCGUGGAAAAGGAUGAACGUUUAAAUUUACCUUCAGUACAGCAACUGUUCGAGCAGAGCUUUUUAGCCUCCAACAUAAAGCUGAAGGAAGUGCCGUCCUGUUUGAUCAUACAGAUGCCUCGGUUCGGGAAGAACUUUAAGAUGUAUCCACGCAUUCUACCGUCCCAGGUGCUGGACGUUACGGACAUUAUUGAGGAUUCUCCCCGUCAGUGUUGGGUGUGCGGCAAGCUAGCCGAAUACGAAUGUCGCGAAUGUUUUGGAAAAAUGCAAUGCGAAGGCCUCGAAGGUACGGCCAUCUGCAAGAGUUGCAUCGACAGUGUGCAUCACCACAGCAAACGGUUAAAUCAUAAACCGGUGCCACUGUCGGUACCGCAAGAUUUCAUCCCGAUGGCUCCACACUGCGAAGUGCCUCGACUGUACAUGGAGCUCUUUGCGGUUGUUUGCAUCGAAACGUCUCAUUACGUAGCGUUUGUGAAGGCAGCCUCGGGACAGGAUGCGCCUUGGUGCUUCUUCGACUCGAUGGCUGAUCGUAAUGGUGAGCAAAAUGGUUAUAAUAUUCCAAAAAUGGUUCCGGUACCGGAUUUGCCCCGUUGGCUGACGGAGGAAGGUUCCCGCGCGCUCAACGAGGAAGCUGUCAACGAUAAAAUGUUACCUGAGCAUGCCAAGCGGCUGCUGUGCGAUGCGUACAUGUGUAUGUACCAAAGCACGGACGUCAUGAUGUACCGAUAA